UGUUCGGGCAGCUUCUCUUUUGUACUAACAUUUUUUUAGGAACGUCGUGUCCUUUUAUCUAAUCAUAUUGCGUUAAUGUGGGGGCAUUUCAAACCAUUUUAGAGGGGUAUUAUAGUAAGAGUACAAACUAAAACUGUCACGGGAAAGAUGGAUAGGCUGAUAGUUGGGUCGAUAGAAACAAUUGGAUUCUCACUGAGGCAACAACAAACUGAAUUAGGUAUUUUUGUCAUGUUUUCGUUUGUUUGGUAACGUUGUUCCUUUACAUAAUCAAACAAGAAAUAUCUACGAUGAUCCUGUAUCAACAAGUGUUCAUGACAAGUACUGAUUUCAGAUUGUUCCUCGAUCGAUAAACAGACGGACAGAAAAACACGCGGGUUUUGUCACCUGACUUUGAAAUUCAAAAUCCAAACAUUAUAAAGUUCCUUUGACUGUGUGUGUGUGCGUGCACGCGCCCACCCGCUCUCCACAAAGCCCUGUUGUGGUUUUCCCAAACGUUACGUAAGUGCCCUUUUGUAGUACACAAAGGGUUUCGCCUGAAUGGUUCGCACAAACCCUGACAGCGUUGUCCGGCCCCUGCAACACAAUUAAGAUGACCCCCCUCAGCCCUCAUGUCGGACUAUGUGUGUGUGGACAUACUUCUAGUUGCUCGAUGCCCAAGAGCAAAGCUUGAAGUGUGCGAUUCUGCAAGAAAUAAUUGAAAGUAAAGUGAGCAUCUCCAUAACACCAGGAUUGAUCAAUAUUAACAUCAAUAUCUUGAUGAAACGGAUGUAGGCGAUAUAUACAAAAACCCCACAUUGCGCAAAAGGUACAAAAAUGGACAUGAAAUGUUUGGAUAUUUUGAACGUCAAUGCAACUAACCGCGUUUUUAACGCAGCAAAUGCAAACAAAUACGUUUUUAUAUCAGCCUUUUUCCCUCCAAGAAAUGAAAGUAGGUAUGCUGCAUUGAAACACAAACAGGCGCACACAAUCCUGGAGGACUACCGCCACCUAGUGGUGACUUUGCUCUCAUUCAUGCAUUCAUCUGUGUUGUCUAAAGUAAGCACGCCUCCUAGUGCCUAGUAUGGGUAGCUCAACUCUGAGGAAAAACGUGAUUUCUGCCUGCCCCUAUAAAUUGUGAAUUACAGUGGUGCCCCUGCUUACGAACUUAAUUUUUUUCCGCGAAACUUAAAAAGAGUAAAUACAAGAAGAAAAGUAACCUAGCUUCUAAAGAUGGAAAUUGACAAACACAAAAGUGUGCUCUUCAUGUUUCUAUUGAAAACAAUUCAGCCGCUACUGUCUUGUUUAUACACAAUGGCAGAGCAAAGGAGACAAGGUAGUAAGGGGGUGGGCGUGGCUGGUGCUUUGGUUUGGAAGUAAAAAAUUGGUUAGAGAGAAGAUGCAAAAAAAUUGCGAGGCUCCGGUCCGUAUCCAGAAAGGUUCAUAAGUAGCGGUACAAUUGCAUUCUGAUUUGCAAGGUGGCGGUCAUGGUUUUUUUUCUUCUAUUGUGCAAUGUGGCAGUUGUCAUAAGUGAUCAGUGGAAUGCGUGACUGUGUUUUGCAAUUAUUAUUAUUAUUUUUUAACUUUGUGGAGUCUUUUCAGUGGUCCCGAAUGAGGCCUUCCUUUCUAGAAACGUUAAGCGGGCCGGCGCACGGAUUGAACGGCCUCGGGAGAGCAUGCCCUUAAAUCAUGCCAGGUCAGCUUAUCCCGAAGACACAUUCGCCUCACGAUCGCUCUUUCAACUCAAACGGGACGCUCUGUUCCGGCCAACCUGUUCAUGAAUGACGAUGGAAAAAAAAAAGAGAGCAUUUGUGUCUUCUUUUUACAGGAGUUGGAGGGGAGUGUGUGUGUGUGUGUGUGUUUCCGGGGCGACGGGGGCAGCGGGCACGUGCGAUUGCCACUCCACGUGCACGACCCAGCUCCCGCUUCUUGGCGGCCACAGUAAGAACCCGGCGUCCCGCUCCAGAGGUGACGGCUCGGAUGUGAGCGCGACGCGACAGGAAUGCCGGGUGGGGGGCAACACGGGAGGGAGAGAGAGUGGCCUCUUAUAGGGACCCGAGGGGGUCACGUCCAAGAGACUUUGAGGGGACAGAGGGACCGUCCGCGCGGUCCUCAACUGGAUCAGCAGCAUGCGCAACAGCGGCUGACACCGUGCAAAGUCCUCCGCCACGCCAACUUUCCAACACAGGCCCGCCUCUGAAAGAUGACAUCCACCGCCUCCCCGUCCUCCCGUAGCUCCUCCCCCCACAAGGUGUGUCACUCCCAGACGCAGACGGACGUCUUGAAACCCCUGCUGGGCGCUGGCGGGCUAUCCAACGCUAGCGGCGCGCUGCGCAAGCGGCGACGGGUCCUGUCCAAAGAUGGCCGCAGCAACAUCCGCAUCCAGCACGUCAGCGGGCGUGGCUCUCUCUAUAUGCGAGACCUGUGGACCACCUUUGUGGACAUGCAGUGGCGCUACAAGUUCUUCCUCUUCACCGCCACAUUUGCCGGCACCUGGUUCCUCUUCGGGGUGCUUUGGUACCUGCUGGCGCUGGUGCACGGGGACUUGCUCGAGUUCGAGCCACCAUCCAACCACACCCCAUGCGUGAUGCAGAUGCAGACGCUGACGGGCGCCUUCCUCUUCUCGCUGGAGUCGCAGACCACCAUUGGCUACGGCUUCCGCUGCAUCACUGAAGAGUGUCCCCUCGCCAUAGUCCUGCUCAUCAUCCAGCUGGUCAUCACCACGCUCAUGGAGAUCUUCAUCACUGGAACCUUCCUGGCAAAGGUGGCGCGUCCCAAGAAGCGAGGCGAGACGGUCAAGUUCAGCCAGCACGCCGUGGUGUCGAGCCAGGAGGGACGCCCGUGCCUCAUGAUCAGGGUGGCCAACAUGCGCAAGAGCCUCCUGCUGGGAUGUCAGGUGACGGGCAAGCUGCUCCAGUCGUCUCUGACCAAGGAGGGCGAGACGGUUCGGUUGGACCAGCGCAACGUGGCCUUCCAGGUGGACACGUCCAGUGACAGCCCCUUCCUCAUCCUGCCGCUCACCUUCUACCACGUCAUUGACGACGACAGCCCCCUCAGGACCUGGGCGGCCAAGGGCGGCGGCUGGACUGACCCGGAAUUAGCUGACUUUGAGCUGCUGGUCAUCCUUAGCGCGACCAUCGAGCCCACGUCGGCCACCUGCCAGGUUCGCACCUCCUACUUGCCCGAUGAGAUCUUGUGGGGCUACGAGUUCCCGCCCGUGGUCUCCCUGUCGCCGUCGGGCAAAUACGUGGCCGACUUCGCCUUUUUCGACAAGGUGGCUAAGAGCAAGGCGGCGCCCGUGUUCAAACCGGCAACUGGCCAGCCGCGCGACCACCAGAGCAACGGCGGCAGCAAACUUGCUGGCGGGUCUGACCCGGAGAAGAUCCGCCUGGAGCAAAGCUACAGAGAGGAGCGAGGCCGCAUCAGCGUUCGGAUCAGCAACGUGUGAAAACCUACUAUGGGAUUUCUUUCUGGACUGUAGCGCAGUCCGCCUUACAAAACCUGAGAACAAACUCAGGAAAAUCAAAUUGCACUGAAAAGUAAACUGCUGAAAUGAGAGGUGGCAGAGGGAGAGGUGGAGCAACAUGAAAAAAAUCUACCUUGCCCCUGUAGAUGUGUCCCAUCAAUUUUUUAUUUUUUCCCCCCCAAACCCCACAUUUGCACAUUUCAGGGUCACAAAGGGGAAAAGUACCAAUAAAAUACUAUGAGGACAAAAUCUUGUGAUAUUGCAAAAAAGGGAGACAGUCACAUUAAAAAAAAAAAUCUCCUGUAAUUAACACUUAUGAAAAAAGUCUUAAUUUUUUUUUUGAGAUGGGGGGCAAAUCAGUGAUUUUGAUUAGUUUAAAUAUAGUCAAACUUAUAUUUUAAAAAUGUUUUUGUACAGGUUGUAAUUUGAGGCGAUGGUAGUCAUCAGAGUAAAAUUAUAGACAAAAGGUUUUUAGACAAAAAGUAAGAAUUUGUUAAAAAAAAUCUUAAUAGAAUCAUUUUUUGACAAUUACUUUGGAAUUUUUACAUUUAAGAGUCACAAUUAUAUUUUUUGAGAUAUUUUUAUUUUAUUUUGCUAAAAAAGCAUAGCCUUAAAAUUAUUUUUCAAACAAAGUCAAAAUACUACAGAGCGAAAAAGAGGUUUUAUUUUAUUUUAUUCCAUUGUAUUACUGGGGGCGUCUCCCAACCCAGAGGUGGGUGGUUUAACAUUUGCUAUCUACAUAAGUAGCAAAUGCAAAAAAAGGGGGCACAGAACCCGAGUGAAUGUAUUGUUCUUUUUUGUCUUUUCGCAUAUUUGUGUAGGUGUGUUUAUUGUAUCUUAAAAAGAAUAAAAAAUAAAAUAGAACCUUGAGAAAGUGAACACAAGAAGCGGAAAGCCAAAACCACAGUUGAGUGACUGGUAAAAUCCCCGCUCACACACAACUUCCCCCCUGCCACCUGUUCACUCUUUGCUGUACACUCACUUUGUGUUUGAGUUUUCCAUAGCCAAUGUUCCGAUGAUGUGUAAAACAAAACAAAAAAAAAGGGCCAAAAUGCACUUUUGAAGGAAAUGCGCCACCGGUGUGCCAUCACCUUACAUUCACUGGCCACACGAUUUGACUCUCGGUGCAAAUGAGAUUGCCUUGUGAUGCCUUCUCUGAUUUUUUCUUUUCUUUUGGAAAAUUCUAAGCUAUUUCCACUUAUAAAAGUGAAAAUCCAACAGUAACAAAAAAAAUACAAAAAAAACUGAAAGGAUUUUUGAAAGUUAGCUAUUUUUUUUUCAGCAAGCCACAGUUUAGGCUAGUCGUGAGAAUUCCCAUUGAGAGAUUUUUGUCCGCUGUCCACCAAAAUGGGACCUUGAAAAAUACUAACUGCGGCUUUAGUUCUUAUCGUCUGAUGAAGUGCAGGCCCGGCGUGCGCAAGGUGCUCGCAUUGCAUUUAUUGAGGAAGUGUGAUGUUCAGUUUGUACAAAAUGUUUUUUUUUUUUUUUAAACACCACUGACACUUUGUUUUGAGUCGAAACACUGCCGAUGUUUACUGUAUUAUAUUAUAUUGUAUAUAUAUAUAUAUAUACACACACACACACACACAUUGGUAUAAUACACACACGUAUAUAUAUAUAUGUAUAUAUAUAAAAUUGUUGGAGUCCAACACAGAGGGAGGCUGCUAAUUUGAAUUCUGUUGGAAAUGAACUGGGAAUAAAAGUUUACUCAUUGUUGUCAUGCGCAGUUU